UCGUUAGAGGAGCAUCGUAUCUGUCUGUGCGCUCCACAGAUCGUCUCUACACAGCGCCGUGUGACUGGAGAGCAAUUUGUUUUACGGGAAACCGCAGUUUCCUCUCACCCCGGUGUGCGUGCUACAGGUGUGAUUUACGACGACACGCCAUAAAUAUGAAAGGAAGCGCGCGACAAACAUCCUCUGAUCCGUUAUUUGACGCGUGGACCGUAUGAGAUGAACUGCACGUGGACAUCGACGCUCAAGUUAAUGGAUUUUUACUCGGUGCUGGAGGGAGAUUAAUUUGACAAGUGCGCUGCAUCCUCAUCGGGCUAUGAUUCACUUUGGGAAUAUCUGACAUAACAAGGAUACUAUCCAUCCUCGCCGAAAUGAUGCUUUUCAAAAUCUUGGCGUUAAUUCUCUUACAGGGUGCCUUCACGGUCACAUCCGAGGUCAGCCCCGGUGGUCUCCCAGCCUCCAGCAGGGUGAUUGGCACCGGGAGACCCGCGGGUUCACAGCUGUCUGAGGCAGCAGAGGGAAAGUCCAGGUCUAAGCGCUGUACCUGUUAUUCCUACAAGGAUAAAGAGUGCGUCUACUACUGCCACUUGGAUAUCAUCUGGAUCAACACUCCCGAACGCACUGUGCCGUAUGGAAUGUCGAGCUACAGAGGACCUCAGCGAAUCAGACGUGCUGUCGGUGGACAAGCAACUGAACGCGAGGGAGCAAGGACUCAGCGCUGCGUCUGCACUGUGCUUGACGCAGACCCUCAGUGCCAUGACUUUUGCAUGUCAAGCACCCUGCAGACAGUGCCAAUCAGGAGUCUCCACAGAGCGCCUGGUCCUGGAUGACGGUUUGGUCCCUCUCCAUGGUCCACUGUUCUCCUCGGGGGAAUGGACCCUUCCCUCCUCUUUGCCCCCUUCAUUUGCUGUUCCACACUCUUGCCUCCACAGGUAGCACACUGCCACAUUCAAGGAAAAGACUCAGGAGUUUGACACCGCAGACAUUCCUCAGCAUUACAACUAUUGGAGCAAGUUCCAUCAGGCCGAGCAGUUUCAAGAACUCUUCAGAAAAUCUGGUACAGAAUCCUGGAGGCUAUCCCCAUUUUGUUCCCUCCUGAGAGCAGCAUGAGGAUUACUUCCAUCCUGAUAUAGUAGCCAAUGACCUUGCAUCUGUCAAGCUUGAUCAGACAAACCCUUUGUUUUCGCACCUGGUAGUGUUGAGGACUGCACUUGACUCUGUCUUUCAAAUGAAUGAGAUAAGCUAAUCUAAAGGGACCAACAAAAACAUUUCUAUGACAAUGUUGGAAAACAAAAAGCCCAACGAGGAGCCUUGGAAAGUAGGAGCAGGCAUGAUAUUGUGAUGUUUUGCCUUAAAAAAUAUUGAAACAUGCAAACGAUUAAAGGGGAAAGCCACCUGUGUUAUGGGGCAUAUUAUUGAGCUUUGGUUUAUGAUCCUAUUUCAGUCAGUCUGGAAAGCGUUCACACCCUCACGUCACUUCUAUUAGCAAUAAUAUAUCCUGCUCUUUGCAGCUCAACUAUCAGUCAUAUUUGUCGUGCUUUUACCUCAACACCGCCGACUAACACUGACUCUAGAAACUGUAUGACAGCUUAAGCUGGAGUGAUCUUUAUAUUAAACUAUCUACUAUUGAGUCUUUUUCCGUGGAAGUUAAUUUCAUGAGGCUAUGCUACUAAUAAAGUUAAAAAUGAGUGAUUGUGAUCUUUGCUUCUGGGGCCACAUGUUGCCUCCCACUGACCAGGAGUGGAGUUCUUCCAGUUUUUCUCUGCUGUGUCUCCAUUACUCUAUUCCCCUGUCCAGUUUUUCCAGCCCUGUCACCUUGAAAUUGUUAUUAUAAACAACUAAUUUGAAACAGUCAAUAUGGUUUUAGGGAAAUGUAAAUAAGUAACAAAUUCAAUUUUCUAUUAACAUAAUUAAGAAAUGUUGCUAAUUAACGCACAUGGCAAGUCGCAAAAAAGUUAAUACUGGACCUAGCAGCAAAAUGUUCACUAACAACCUAUGUAAUUUGUCUUAACAGCAUGAUACAUGGAAAACGGAAGGUAUUUUGAAAGAACGCAAUGCAUGUAACAGGCAGAACUUGACUCAGCGUCCCAGAACUUCAACAACCAACACACCCAGGGUACCUGUCAUGUCAUAUCUGGAAUGUGACGAGGUAGGCGUGAGAAUGUGUUGCAUUGAUGCAUGUAAUGUAGAACCAAAGUUCCCCAUUGCAAGCCUUAGGCCUAGGCUGCUGGCAACAGGUGCUAAGGUUAGCACAUUGAGCGGAUUGGCGUGUAAAUCACACCAUGGCAAGCACAAAUAAUACCGGAAGCUGUAAGACUUGCCUGUGGGUCCCAGUCAGCUACAGCAGCAACAGAGAGAGAGUUGUGAACAGGAUGAGGAUGGUGUUUUGGCGUUGCGUGACUGUUGUAGGGUCUGUGAAUGGAAGCACAUCCAAAAUGCUAAAACACAUUUGACAGCAUCACCCAGAUGUGCCGAACACUGGGAUGAGGGAAAAAAAACAACCCUUAGCCCUAUCCUUAUCCCGGCUGCUUUCAAGCAGCCUUAAGAUGCAAGAGCAGAAUGGAUUUAGGACAAAAUACUGAAGCAGUUGGCAUUUACACUGGCAUAUAGCCAAGAUGUGACAAAGUUUAACACUACUCCUAAUGCAGAACUUUUAUUUUUCAAUAUUCUAUUUAUUUUGUAUUUUUAAAUUUCCAAGCAUAAGAGAUGGGAAAAUGUGUGUACAGUUAGGAAAUCACUAAUGCGUAUGGGAGCUGAUAAAAAAAGGUAACAUUAGGAAAAAUUAUGUGCUGGGUGCGCCUAAAUGAAAACGUUAGGCACAACAAUACAACCACUGUCAAGAGUUGGUCUGGAGACCUGCACUCAUAGUGACUACAGCAUUAUCAUUAAAAUCAAUCAGUCUUUCCCUGACCUUAACCAAAGUGCUUUUGUUGCCUUAACCUAACCACAGACAGGAGUCUAGAUGCUAACCUGGGAUGCUGGUGUCGCAGUCCUGCACUUUGUAUGCCCGCCAUCCACCCAAAUCACCUCCCUCAAAAUCCAGCAUGGUACAUUAAUGUAGUGUUUCAUUAAUUCAAAUUAACUACAUGUCUUAACAUAAUCCAGGGAGCGGUUGCAUUGUCAUUGCAAUGUAAUUGUGAAUGCAAUGUAGUAAUUUACAAACGUAAUUUCUUGGAGACAGGGUUGGUUUGUUCAAUAAUUUGUAUGACUAAUACUAAGGUAACAAUUUUUUACUUGUUUAUAUUAUUAAAAUGAUUGCACCUUGCUAAUUUUCAAUCAACAGCAGCACGAAUGCUUUUGUCACAAGAAUACUACAGACAAGCUUUUGUGUUGUCUCUCUUUUAUGUUGGGUAUUGUUGUGUCUCUCUGCACCAAGAUGUACCUAAUCAUGCGGUAAACUCUCUAGUAAACAAUCAGGAAUAAUGAAAACAGUAAGUGGAGAAGUAUUUGUUCAUGCCUGUUGGGUUGUUGCCUUUGUAGUUACGGUGCACUGAGAGCAUUCCCAUGAAACAGGAGUUUAAUGUGCGGAGACAAUUCAAGAAAACACACUCUAAGUUUGGCACAACUUUCCAGUGUGCCCUGAAGCUUAGACUGGGAUUACAAUUUUUCUAUAUUUAUAGGCUAUUGAUUUGCCCAAUUUCUUGCCAAGAAUGUAUCAUCACUUGAAAAAACAUUCAUUGUUGCUAAAUAGAUUAAUAAAAACACGGCAUAGAGAAUUAUAGCUGUUACCUUUUUGAGCAUAUGCUACAGCUUGGAUCAAAAUGUUGACAUCAAACAUGUAUUUCCAUUCUGACAGUUUCAGUGAUGUUAUGUGACAUAGUCAUUCUGGUACAA